UGUUUUGUUUACUUGUCGAAGCCUGCAAAGAGAUCAUACACCGCAAGUACACAGCGCAGCUUGAAGCUACUUGAAGCCGAAGAUGUCGCGAUUCUGGGUGAUUAGCAUGGCAAGGGGCUUGGAUAAAGGCUUUAGCUGCUCAUUCUUCGACAGUAAAUACGCAAUUUCUCGCAUGACAGCAACCACAAAGAGAAAUUACGUAACGCCAGCAGCGAAAAUUGACAAAAGGAAUCUUCUGGAGGGAUGUCGGCCUCUUUACUUGGACGCACAAGCGACAACACCAUUGGAUCCUAGAGUUUUGGAUGCAAUGCUACCUUACUUGACAAGUUACUAUGGAAACCCACAUUCCCGAACCCAUGCUUACGGAUGGGAGAGUGAAGAGGCAAUGGAGACUGCGAGAAAGCAAGUAGCAGACUUGAUUGGUGCUAGUGAUCCAAGAGAAAUCAUUUUCACGUCAGGAGCAACUGAGUCCAACAACAUUUCAGUGAAAGGUGUUGCCAGAUUCUACGGCUCCAGGAAGAAACAUGUCAUCACAUCUGCAACAGAACACAAAUGUGUGCUGGAUUCGUGCAGAGUGCUGGAAUCAGAAGGCUUCAAAGUGACAUACUUGCCUGUUGGAACUGGGGGCCUCAUCGACAUGAAAGAACUCGAGAGCCUGAUCACCGCCGACACAUCUCUUGUCUCUGUAAUGACAGUCAAUAAUGAAAUUGGCGUCAUUCAACCCAUCGAGGAGAUUGGUGCGCUGUGCCGCUCUAAGAAAGUUUUCUUCCACACAGACGCUGCUCAGGCAGUUGGAAAAAUUCCUAUUGAUGUGAACAAGAUGAAUAUUGAUCUUAUGUCCAUUAGUGGACACAAGAUUUAUGGACCAAAAGGUGUUGGUGCUCUUUACGUCAGACGUCGGCCGAGGGUGCGGUUGGAACCAAUCCAGAGUGGUGGUGGGCAGGAAAGAGGGAUGCGCAGCGGAACAGUUCCCACGCCACUUGCUGUGGGCCUUGGUGCUGCAUGUGCGAUUGCUCAAAGAGAAAUGAAGUACGACCAUGAAAGGGUGAGUCAGCUGGCAAAGAGACUGAUGGACAAGAUAUAUGCUAAGUUGCCGCAAGUUGUCAGAAAUGGAGAUGCAGAGAAAACGUACCCAGGCUGUGUUAACCUCUCCUUUGCCUACGUGGAAGGAGAGUCCCUUUUGAUGGCCCUCAAAGACGUUGCUCUAUCCAGUGGCAGUGCAUGCACAUCAGCGUCACUGGAGCCGUCAUAUGUCUUGCGAGCGAUUGGCGCAGACGAAGAUCUGGCCCAUUCAUCCAUCAGAUUUGGCUUUGGACGGUUUACGACUGAAGAGGAGGUGGAUUACACCGCUGAGCGCUGUAUUGAACAAGUAACAAGGCUCAGGGAAAUGAGUCCUCUGUGGGAGAUGGUGCAGGAGGGUGUGGACUUGAAGAGCAUUAAAUGGAGCCAGCAUUAAAUACUUUGUAAAUACAAAUAAAUAGAUUAAAUUUGUUGCUAACUGUCACAGUUGA